AGAUAGAGGUUGGUCUGGCGUGGGGGCGGCCUUUGGAGACGUUCGGUCAGGGAGGGGAGAUGUGUGUGCUCAAACCACGCCCCGAAUCCCCAUGAGGUCCCUGGGGGCCCUUAAAUGGUGAGGCCUCAAGGUUUAGGGACCAGUAUCACUCGGGCCUUCUCUCUCUCUCUCUCUGUCAACGACAGUCUCAGAGUCAGUGAGCCCCUGCACUAAAAGUCUUGGAUUCAGGUCUGUCUACACUACUUGGAAAUAUGACUUCAUCCAACCCCGACCAGCGCCUCGAGCAUCUCCUGAGCGCCGUGGAGAGUGAGUUCCAGAAGGGCAGCGAGAAGGGAGACGCGUCGGAGAGGGAUAUUAAACUGACGCUGGAUGAUGCGGACUUAUGGAUCAAGUUCAAAGAGUUAACCAACGAGAUGAUUGUCACCAAAACUGGGAGGAGGAUGUUUCCUGUGCUGAGGGCCAGCGUCACCGGCCUUGACCCCAACGCCAUGUACUCGGUGCUGCUGGAUUUCGUGGCUGCGGACAACAACCGAUGGAAAUACGUGAACGGAGAGUGGGUCCCCGGCGGCAAACCGGAGCCCCAGAGCCCCAGUUGCGUCUACAUCCACCCGGACUCCCCCAAUUUCGGAGCGCACUGGAUGAAAGCGCCCGUCUCCUUCAGCAAAGUGAAACUCUCCAAUAAACUCAACGGGGGCGGCCAGAUCAUGCUGAAUUCCCUGCACAAGUACGAGCCGAGGAUACACAUCGUGAAGGUUGGAGGCAUCCAGAAGAUGAUCAGCAGUCAGUCUUUCCCUGAAACUCAGUUCAUCGCUGUCACUGCCUACCAGAAUGAAGAGAUUACUGCCCUGAAGAUAAAACACAAUCCAUUUGCUAAAGCCUUCUUGGAUGCCAAAGAAAGGAGCGACCACAAAGAAGUCCCUGAUCACAGUGCAGACAGCCAACAGUCUGGCUACUCUCAGCUUGGAGGUUGGUUCAUUCCAGGCCAGACUCCUAUCUGCCCCAGCAGCAGCCCUCCUCAGUUCAGUGGCACAGCGGGCCACUCCUCUGGCUCCUACUGUGAGCGCUACUCCAGCCUGAGGAGCCACAGAGCUGCCCCGUACCCCAGCCACUACCCCCACCGCACCUCCAGCACGAACAACUACAUGGACAACACUUCAGGAGCUCUGCCCGCUCAUGACAGUUGGUCCGCUCUUCAGAUCCCCAGCUCCACAGGCAUGGGCACUCUGUCCCACACCACCAACUCUACAUCUAAUUCUAGUCAGUACCCCAGCCUAUGGUCGGUAGCUGGCACUACCCUCACCCCUUCAGGCUCACCCUCAGGCUCCAUACCUGGAGGUUUGACUUCCCAGUUCCUGAGGGGCUCCUCCUACACGGGCCUGACCUCCUCGCUGCCCGUUUCCUCGCCUUCCUCCAUGUACGACCCCAGCCUGAGUGAGGUCGGUGUUGGGGAUGCCCAGUUCGAGAGCUCUAUCGCCAGACUGACCGCGUCCUGGGCGCCUGUCGCUCAGAGCUACUGAGCUCUGAAAACUUCAGCAUCUCUGAAGGCUUGGGACUGAAUAGAAUAUCUUGGAGAACAUGUGGAAAUGUCACAAGGCCUGCAAGGAUCUCCUUUGACUCCUUUUAUGAAAAUGCUUAGAAUAUUCAUUCCAGAGCUUGUAAUCUUAAGAAAAGGUGUAAAGUUAGGCUGGAGUCAUGCUGAACAAAGUUGAUAUGCAAAGACAGGACUUGAAAGACAAUCACCACCUUCCAUGCAGGACAAAAUCAAAGAAGAAUAUUGAGCUUUAGAACAGCUGCAUGGUCAGAACUCCUUCUUUGCUCUUAGUAAUUCCCAACAUGCUUAUUACACAUUUAUAACAUGUUUAUUACACCUUUUUCAAACUCCUUGAGUUCCUUACAAGCAAACAACUGAACAAUCCUUGAUAUUUUAGUUUUUAUUCUUAAAUAUAUAAG